ACAGUGCAAAGCUGAAGACCCAGACUUUCCACAACCCCAUCAAGGAAGAAGCAAGAAAGAAACGCGUUUUUCUCCUCCAAAGACUCUCCUUCUCGCCCACAAAAUUUUGAUUUAUUACUAAAAAUUAUCAAAUAUUUUUCUCCCUAUAGGAAACAGAGAGAGAGAGAGAGAGAGAGAAAGGUUUUUGGGUCCUUUGGGUGGACUCUUUCAAGAACGGAGAGAUCUUUUUUGUUGGGUGGUUCUUGUUUUCUUUAGGAAAAAUGAAAUGCUAUCUGUUCUGUAAAGCUUUGAUCUUGCUUUCGUUUCAACUAUUUGUUGUCUUCACCUUAGUUUCAGGGAAGUUGGUAUCUGAGAAAAGGAUUCUGUUGGAGUUCAAAAGCUCUGUUUUUGAUCCUUCAGGGAUUCUUUCAAGCUGGAACUCUACAAAGAACCCAAAUCACUGCUCCUGGUUUGGAGUUGCAUGCAAUUCAAGGUCUCAAGUCAUCUCCAUCAACAUCCCUGGUGGUUGUGGAGAAGGUUAUAAAGGUAACUUAACUAGAGCUUGUUCUUGUUCUUCAAAGCUGUCUCAGUUUCCAUUUUAUGGUUUUGGAUUGAGAAGAAGAGCACGUUCAAAUGGGAAACUAGUUGGAAACUUGUCACCCUUAAUUGGGAAACUUACUGAGCUUAGAGUUUUAUCUCUUGCUUUUAAUGAUAUUGGUGGUGAAAUUCCUUUAGAGCUAUGGGGUUUAGUGAAAUUAGAAGAACUUGAUCUUGAAGGGAAUUCAUUUUCUGGGAAGUUGCCUAAUGAAUUUGUGGGGUUGAGAAAUCUGCGGGUUUUGAAUCUGGGGUUUAAUGAACUUGAAGGGGAGAUUUCAAGGUCUUUGUCAAAAUGCGUGAAUUUGGAGGUUUUGAGUUUAGCUGGGAAUAUGCUGAAGGGUUCUGUACCUGAUUAUUUUGGCAGUUUCUAUAAGUUGAAGGGGCUUUAUUUGUCUAAUAAUCGGCUAAAUGGGCCAAUUCUUGAUAAUUUUGGAAGUAAUUGUCGGUAUCUUGAACAUCUUGAUCUGUCUGGGAAUUUCCUAGGUGGGAGGAUUCCUGGUAGUUUGGGGAAUUGUCGGCAGUUACGGACUCUUUUGUUGUUUUCUAACAUGUUCGAUGGCAUUAUUCCUAAUGAGCUCGGCCAGCUGUAUAAGCUUGAGAUUCUUGAUGUUUCUAGAAACAACCUUAGCGGUUUGAUUCCCCAGGAGCUUGGAAAUUGCAUUCAUUUGUCGGCUCUUGUCCUUUCUAAUCUCUUUGAUCCAGUGCUGACUAGGCAGAGUUCAAGUAAAGAGCUGUCAUUUGGAUUGCCGCUUGCUACUACUUAUGAGUAUAAUCGUUUUCAAGGCUCCAUCCCAAUGGAAAUUACAACCCUUCCAAAGCUCAAAAUACUUUGGGUGCCCAGGGCAAAUCUUGGGGGGAAGUUACCAAGCAACUGGAGUACUUGUGAGAACUUGGAAAUGGUGGACUUAGCUCAGAACCACUUCAGUGGAGAAAUUGUUGGAGCGUUCAAUGGAUGCAAGAAACUACAGCAUCUAGAUUUGAGCUCAAACAGGCUAACUGGCGAGCUUGAUGAGAAACUUCCCGUUCCUUGUAUGACACUUUUUGAUAUUAGUGGAAAUGUCAUGUCAGGAUCAAUCCCCAGGUUUAAUUACAGUGUAUGCCCUGGUUUUUUCUCCUUGAGUUCUGAACUUCCCCAAACCCAUGAUCCAGCAUCCGCGUAUCUGUCAUUCUUCACAUAUAAAACACGCCUUGCAAUGCAUUUGCCAUUUUCUGGUUCAAAAGCUGUGUUGAUUCACAAUUUCAGUGGAAACAACUUCUCUGGUUCACUCCCAUGGCUACCAAUUGCACCAACAAGAUUGGGUAAGCAGACUGAUUAUACAUUUCUUGCUGGUGGAAACAAGAUCACUGGAUCAUUUCCUGGAAGUUUAUUUGGAAACUGUAAUAAGCUACAUGGGAUGAUUGCUAACGUUAGCAAGAACAGACUGUCCGGUCACAUUCCAUCAGGAAUUGGUGCAAUCUGCAGAUCCCUUAGAUUUUUGGAUGUAUCUGAGAAUGAGAUUGGAGGGGUAAUUCCCCAAAGUCUCAGGGAAUUGAAAUCUCUUGUUUUCCUUGACCUAAGUGGAAACAAAUUUAGAGGUCCAAUUCCUGAAGGGCUCCAUCAGUUGAAGCAUCUCAAACAUCUCUCCUUGGCAAGAAACAACCUGACUGGUGCCGUUCCUUCUAGCUUUGGACGCUUUCGUUCCCUUGAGGUGUUAGAACUUUCAUCAAAUUCUCUAUCUGGUAAGAUUCCAAAAGGACUUAUCAAUCUGAGAAACAAUGGUAGUGCAGUGAAUCCUACCAGUGUUCAUCGAAAGCCAUUCCUUCUCUCACACCGUGUAUUCUCACUAUCUGUGAGACCUGCUGAUACGACAACCAACACUGAAGGUUCACCAAAUGAUGUUUCUCCUUCACAGAACACAGUCAAUAAAAGUUUAGAUUCCAUUGAGAUUGCAUCGAUAGCAUCGGCCUCAGCCAUUGUUUCAGUUCUUCUAGUUCUAGUUGUCCUAUUCUUUUACACGAGGAAAUGGGUCCCAACAUCCAGGGUUCAGGUUUCUGAAUCAAGGGAAAUUACAGCUUUCAUUGAUAUUGGGGUUCCAUUGACAUAUGAAAGUAUUGUCCAGGCAACAGGGAAUUUUAGUGCCGGCAAAUGCAUUGGAAAUGGAGGUUUUGGUGCCACUUACAAGGCUGAAAUAGCUCCAGGAACCCUAGUGGCAGUGAAGAGGCUUGCUGUUGGAAGGUUCCAAGGUGUUCAGCAGUUCCAUGCAGAGAUAAAGAUCCUUGAAAGGAUGAGGCACCCUAAUCUUGUAACUUUAAUAGGAUACCAUGCCAGUGCAACAGAGAUGUUUCUCAUAUAUAAUUAUUUGUCAGGUGGUAAUUUAGAAAAUUUUAUUAAGGAGAGGUCCACAAGGGCUGUAGAUUGGAAGAUUAUUCACAAGAUUGCUCUGGAUAUAGCCCAUGCACUUGCAUAUCUACAUGACCAAUGUGCUCCAAAGGUUCUGCACCGUGAUGUCAAGCCAAGUAACAUAUUGUUGGACAAUGAUUGUAAUGCUUAUCUGUCUGACUUUGGAUUAUCAAGGCUUUUGGGUACCUCGGAAACCCAUGCAACAACCGGUGUAGCUGGCACAUUUGGAUAUGUUGCACCAGAGUAUGCAAUGACCUGUCGUGUAUCUGAGAAGGCUGAUGUUUACAGCUAUGGUGUUGUGCUGCUUGAGUUGAUAUCAGAUAAGAAAGCUUUGGAUCCUUCAUUCUCCUCACAAGCAGAUGGUUUUAAUAUUGUCUCUUGGGCCUGCAUGCUGCUUCGACAGGGUCAGGCAAAGGAUGUGUUCACUACAAGGUUAUGGGAUACAGCUCCUCAUGAUGAACUGGUAGAAUUGCUGCACUUAGCCAUCACAUGUACAGUUGAUAGCCUCUCAACCAGGCCAACUAUGAGGCAAGUUGUCCAAAGGUUGAAGCGAAUUCAACCUUCUUCAAUGCAAUAAUGAGGUUUCUGGGUGCAUGCUGUGAUCUUUAAGGAACAGCUCGAGUGUAGAAAUCAUAACAAACUUGUAAUUUGUACAUUCGCACCUAAAAUUGGAAUUGGAACAUCAUUUGGGUUAAGUUCAGGGGUUUUUGUUUUGCUUUUAAUAUGGUUCCUGUUCCCCUGGCUGAGGACAACCCUUGUUGAAUCUGCAGAAAAUAGCAGAUGUGAAUUUUGGGCAGAAAAUGUUUUGGAGGCUGCUUCAUACAUGUACUCCAGUUCACUUUGUAUUUGUAACGUAGACCAAGGCAGGUCUGGUAUUGUAAUUUAGUGUUUUCCCUAUUUUGCAAUUUUGGGCUUUGUCUAUGAUUGGCUAUAACCAAGGAAACUAAUGCUUAAUCUUAAUAAAUAUUGGAUUUUUACCGUCAUC